AUGAGCCGAAAUCCAUUACAUCUAAAAUCACUUCCUCGUUCCUAUGACAGGAAAACUGAUCGAGUUCAUAUCGACAUUAAUGCCCAAAAAAUCCGGAUUCACAAAAAAGAUAUCCGCCAUUAUCAUCCUGAAACUACAAGAGAAUCAUACGACCAAAAUUUUUUGCAACUUUCAGUAAUAGAGCCAGCUGAACAAAAUUCAAAUGAUUUAUUAGACGACUCUGCAAUUUUUGAGGCAUAUAAAAUAUUAACUCCAACUACAAACAAGCCAAAUACUGAAAAUUCAGUAAAAACUGCGCUCAGUUUAAAAUUGGGCAAGUGCAAAAUGAUGCCAUUUUUAAAGCCAACAUGAGACAAGCAGGAUUUAAAAAAAUUGGUGAAGACGUUAGAAAAAAAAGAGACUGGAAGAGUUCUGGUAUCUCCGCUUAUAUUUAAACAAAAUUGUGAGCAGAAAUCAUUAUGAUUUCAUAUACAGAUUAAACAGAGAAAGGUAGCCCAACUUUAA